AUGGAAAAUGUUUGUGAACGUGGCUCCAGAUUAAGAAGCGUGUCAGAAAAGUGUUGGGGUGCCACUAAUUACUAUUCGGGAAAAGAGGCUGUUUUACGUGGCUACUCUAGGCCGGUUUGGCUAUGUUUUGGUCAUGCAAAAAAAUUGCAAGUGGAAAGUCAAAGGAGGUGCUGUUUUCCAAGUGAAAAUGCCGGCACGCAAAGGAACAAUUUACUGCCAUGUCCGCAGAGGAUUCUCACCGUAGCAACAAACCUUGAAAACUACCAAGGAGGUGCAUUUCUUUGCCCAAGCCACCUAAAUCUCGUCGACGAAGCUCCCAUAUUUACCAACCACGCUCUCUACAAACCCCCUACUACGAGAAAGGUAUGUUUCUUUUACACUCAAACAACAAUCAAAAUGUACAGAAACAGAUCAUACAUUCUUAGUUUUGUUUUAGAAAAUAUUCAUAUUUUGCAUUAAAUUUUGCCCUAUACAUUUGUACACAAAAUGUACUACUUCAGUCCUAUGUACUACCCGAGAAAAGAAAACAACUUGGAGGGAUGGAACCUCUCAGACCGCCCCUUUGCAGAGUGUUAAUGAGCUAGCAGAGGCAAAACAAUUAAUUACCAAAUUACAGAGCGAAAAUGUGGCAUUAAAUGAAAGAUGCAACAAGCUAGAAGGUAUUGUAUUGACGUACUCUUAAUUUCCACACAUUCAAAACAAAGACGACUAGUUUCAACCUUUAAUAGAAAUAUUUUUUUUAUUAAUUUUCAGAGCCAACUUUUGAUGAACAGUUCAAAACGUUCCACAAGUGUCUCACUAAACAUUACAAGGAUGGAGGGCAGCGGCUAUACGACCCUGCAGGCAUGGAAAAAUUUGCCAAUGAGUGCACCCCUGGAUUGUUCGACCGUGCCUUGUGUCUAGUCAAGAAUGAUGAAAAACAACAGCUUUCUAAGAAAAGACAUGAAAUACUGAGACUGCGAGUUGUGGCACUGCUUCAUCAGCUGUCUUACUUUACAAACCAAGUGUGUAUAAUAAUAAUAAAAAAUAAAAUAAAUAAUAAUACUAAUAAUGAUAAUGGUAAUGAUAAUGAUAAUAAUAAUAAUAGUAAUAAUAAUAAUAAUAGUAAUAAUAAUAAUAAUAAUAAUAAUAAUAAUAAUAGCAGGAACCAUACUUUAGGAAGACACUUAAAUUAAAUUAAACACCAUGGUGUGUAAUAGACAUAAGUGUUGCUUGUUUGUUUUCAACAGAAAAACAAUCCUUUACAACAAGACUGUGGGUUACACUUGUCCUUUCAUGGUGCCAGUGAUGAUGCUUUGACAGCUGGCUCACUUCUGGGGUUUAGCACUUACCCGAGAAGUGUGCUAAAUCAUAAAAAAGGAUUGUCUGGAAAAAGCAUUCACAAGACACAAGCGAUCGUUGAGAGUGCCAUAAAGGUACAUGUAUUUACAUACUGAAACAAUUCAUUAUUAAACAUCUGCCACUGCACAACACCCUGGCCAAAACAAUAAGUUGACACAAGGUGAGGUGGCUGGAUGUAAAGAAGCAGGGGCUAAAUAGAAGGCACAAGGACCUUGUAACAAGGAGACAAAAACAACAAAAAUAGAGUGAUUUUAUUUGAACCGUGAAACAGAUAUUAACAAACAGUGCAAAAUAGCAAGAGGUAAACAAAAGAAGACAAUGGAAUUAAUACAUAAUAGUGCGUAGUAUUCUAAAAAGCUGUUUCACGGUGUAAGUAAAAUGACUCUAAUUUAUCAGUCCAUAGAUGUACACUGAUCCAGUUAAAAAUUUCCUCCCCAACAGAACAACAACUUCCUCCUGCUCAUUAUAGAUGAUUUUAAUCAACUUCCUCCUGGUCAUUAUAGAUGAUUUUAAUUGUGUCCAGUCUAUAAAAGACCCCAAACAGAGCCAGCUCAGCAAGUGCCUUCACAUGUGUACUGGAGUAGUGGAUCACCAAGAAUCUAUACCUGCAAUGCCAACAACAAGAAACGUCCACCGGGUUGUACCUGUCCGAAUUGCUGGGGGUGCAAUUGUUAACUGCCGGGGAGGAAUUGAUGCCAACAAAGUGAACGAGUUGUUUCAAGAGCAUUUGUCAAAUUAUUUUACAUUCAGUUAUUUAGACUCUCUACCUGCUGAUUUCAGCCAGUUUGACCUGACAAAUGUAAACAAAAGUUUAGUUGAAUUAAGGUAUGAUUUACAACAAAUCAGAAACCUAAAAGUCAAGGUAGUGGUCUGAUAGUCAUUGGGUGCCACAAGCUUGUACAAAUAGAAUAAUAUAAUACUUUUAAGUAAUAGAUUUUAGUAAUGUAUUUCAUCCAAACUUUUCAUGCAAUUUAACACUUUGGCAUAAAUCAAUGCCACAUAAAUUUUAAAAUUAACUGGCACCAUAAAUAUCUUUAUUAUAAAUUCCCCCUCAAAAAUGAAAUUGGCAACUCCCAAUGUCAAUAACUAGUUUUACAUACAGCUCAUCAUAAAUUUUUUUCCACAUACCACUUUGCAUUGUCUCACUAUGUAGGAAUUUGAAAUGGAAAAUUUAAUAUUGAAUGGAUAAUUGACUUUCAAAAAAUGUUGCUUAAGGGUGCCAAAAAAGAGCAUGUACAAUGUUUCAUGAUACAAACAAUAACAAAUACCUUGUAGAGUGUAUACAGAUGAGGCCAGACAUGACUUGGAUUUGCUGUCCAACACUUGGCUAGUAGACGAAUUUGAACAGUCCCUUAAGAGCAAGGCAAAUUAUAGACAAGCAAUGCAGCACCUCAAUGAAGUUUGCUCAUCACUAAGCGAAUACAUGGAAAAGAACCUACUGCUCUUAGCUGGUGAUUGGCCAACAUGGUACUACAACAAGAAGAUUAUAUGCCAGGUUUGGCUUAACAUUUUUAAAACACUUUUAGCAUAAGGAACAAUAAUGAGCAAGGGAUGGCACAAUGGUGAGAGCACUCGCCUCCCACCAAUGUGGCCUGGGUUCAAAUCCCAGCAUCAACACCAUAUGUGGAUUGAGUUUGUUGUUGGUUCUCUCCUUUGCUCCGAGGGUUUUUUUUUUCGCUGUGCACUCCAGUUUUCCCCUCUCCUCAAAAACUAACACUGCCAAAUUACAAUCCGACCGAGAAUUAGGUACACAAGGACCACUUUGUGGAUGUGCUACCUCUGAAUCAAUAUAUAUUUAAUAUAAUAUUCACAGUAUAUUUCUGAAGUGAAACAUUUCAUGCGUACGUAAACAAAUACACACUGAGAGAGUCCACUCUAGUUAAGCAGAAAAACAUUUACAUGUAUGUUAAUCUUAAUAUUACUUAAUAGUAAUUAAUAAUACAUACAGUUUUAAAGUAAGAAUAAUUAUUUUUAUACUGUCAAAGUUUGAUUGUAAACAUUUGCUAAAAAAAAGGUUGCUUACUCUACAGUGGAAACCCGAUGUUGACCCAGACAGAGUAUUGUCAGUGGUGCCAUGGCAGGGGCCCUUCCAUAUCAGUCUGAACUCACAAGAAGAUGUUGGGGCAAAUUUCCGCUGUUUUUUUGAAAAGCUUUACAAACACUUGUUUGGUCAAAGAAAAGUGUUGCCUUCCAAGCCUAAACCACACAGAAUUUCAACUCUCAUCACUACAGCAUUUGGUGGAUGGCUGACUGUAAAAACCGCUGCUCUGCCUGCAUUUGGACAAUGCAAAGACCCAGAAUAUGUCCUUCUUGUGUUUCUUCUGGAUGAAUUGGUUCCACUUGUGUUUUACUUUUAUUCAGUUAUCUUUCGAGGUGGUGACCAAAGGAAGUGGGUUGAUGCCAUGAUACGGUUAGCCCUCAUGUUUAUCAUCCAAAGGCGGCGUCACUAUGACAAGGCCACCCUGUGUCAGUUGAGCGACCUUGUACACCAGCAAGAGGCCAUUCCCAGCUUCCAGGAGCUACUGGAGCAAUGGCUCAAUGAGCUAACAGAAAAGAAAGUGGAAGUUUUCCAUUCACUUCUUCAAAGGUAA